AUGUCAGAAAGUAUUUGUUGAUUAUUUUAUUAAAAUUUAUUGGUAGUUAUUUUUUAAAAUGUCUAAAUCUUUGUACUGUCCGUCUUAUUUCGUAUUGUGUCCAUGAUGUAUUGAUAAAAGAGGCUAAUUAUCUACUGUGUUUUGUACAACUUUCUUUUUAACGGUUUUUGUUAUUUUUAUUUCUAAAAGUGAAAAGAAUUCCUUCUGUUCAGUUUCGUCUUAUGUCUGCAACAAUGGUGAAAGAAGUGGUAAAGUCAAAAUUUGAUCAUGGCGAGCCAAACAAUUUUAGCCUCUUUAAAAAAUAUAUUUCCAUGCAUCUAGAAGAGGUUGCAGAAGAGGGCUCAGCCAAGAACAUAGUCACUGAAAACGGCACGCAGACUGGAUUGGCUUCAAAAGGACAACUAGACACAAAAUGGCGCGCCAAAACACUAACAAGUACUCGCAAGCCUACUCACAAACGUAAAAUAAAGCUGAUGGAUUGGAAAAGAUUUCAUAGACUGCGAGAUAUUUACGAUUUUAUCGAUGAACUGGAAAGAGAUUAUCCAGCCAUCUGUACAGUCUCAGUUAUAGGAAAAUCUGUCGAAGGUCGGGAUAUAAAGAUGUUAAAAGUAUCAAACAGUAAUGCAACAAACUGUUCAGUUUGGCUGGAUGCGUCAAUACACCCGCGUGAAUGGAUCAGCACGGCCGUGGUCACGUACAUCGCCGACGUCCUCGUCAAAAACUUCAGGAAACUAUCCACUUCCAUUACUAAUAAAGACUGGCACAUAGUUCCAAUAUUAAAUCCAGAUGGAUACGAAUAUACACACACUUGCGACAGAAUGUGGAGGAAAAACAAAGCGAAACACGAAGGUGUUUGCGUUGGCGUAGAUCUCAACAGAAACUUCAGCUAUGCGUGGGGGCAAAGCGAAGGAUCUUCAGAAGAACCGACUAAUGUAUUCUAUAGAGGGCCGGAGCCUUUCUCAGAACCUGAAACUGUAGCAGUUCGGGAUACAAUACUGAAUUCGACAACUCCGUUCAAAGUGUUCCUCUCGUUCCAUAGCUAUUUUGAACUGAUCAUCUUUCCUUGGGGUCACAAUCCGGAGCCUUGUCCGCAUUACUUAAAGCUGUUGGAAGGAGCAACUAUCAUGUCGAGGGCGAUUUACGAUAGCACAGGAUACAUUUACAAGGUGGGAAAUACAAAAGACAUGACGUACUAUGCAUGCGGCACUAGCAUCGACUGGAGUUACGGGAUCGCUAAAAUUCCAUAUUCCUACAUGGUUGAACUUCGUAGCAAGAAGUACAAGUUCCGCCUUCCACGGGACCAGAUCAUGGGGACAUGCACCGAAGUUUGGAGUGCGGUCAGGAGCCUCAUGGACUACGUUGAUCAAACCGGCGAGUGACUUUCGAUGGAUUUAACGGAAUCUAGCAAGAAUACAGCGAUUAUCGUUACGUUUCUUAAUUUAAUUUACAAGUAUUUUUCUAUGUAUCGUUUGUUUUACAAUCU